AUGGCUACCGUUAAGACCACUAAACCUACCUAUAAGGACAUGAUCAUCUCUGCCGUCACAAAUUUGAAGGAGAGAAAUGGAUCCAGUCGUCAAGCCCUUAAAAAAUACAUCCAGACCAAAUUUGAUGUCAACACUACCAACUUUGACUCUCAAUUCAAUAUGGCCAUUAAGAGAGGUGUUUCUUCCGACUCCUUUGUGCAACCUAAAGGUCCAUCUGGUCCUGUUAAGUUGAAUAAGGCUGUUGUGGGUACGAAAAAAAUUACUGCCAUCAAAAAGGCUGCCUCUAAGAAGAAGCCAGCUCCAAAGAAAGCAGCUGCCGCCGCAAAGAAAUCUGCUCCAAAAAAGAAAGUCUCUACAAAGGCUCCUAAAAAGGCAGUUGGAACCAAGCAGAGUGCUACUUCAAAGAAGAGCAACAGCAAAAGCAAACCAGUUAAGAAGACGGCUGCCAAGAAGGUUUCCAAAAAGACCAAGAAGGCUCCCAAGAGAAAGUGA